AUGUCGGCGACGUCUUCGGUGUUCAACUUUCGCUACGAGAAUGGCAGACGGUAUCACGCGUAUGCCGAGGGACAGUAUCCUGUACCCAAUGAUGAGGUGGAAGCGGACCGAUUGGAUCUACAGCACCACGCUUUCAGACUCACACUCGACGGCAAACUUUAUCGAGCGCCUAUCCCCAAAGAUGUGCAAAACGUGCUCGACGUGGGAUGUGGGACUGGCAUCUGGUCUAUUGAGUUCGCUGAUGAGCAUCCGUCUGCUCGCGUCCUUGGCACGGAUCUGAGCCCCAUACAACCCGCUCAAGUGCCUCCAAACUGUGAAUUUCUAAUCGAUGACUGCGAGCAAGACUGGAUUUUCCAUGAUCAAUUCGAUUAUAUCCAUACUCGGGCUAUGGUCGCAGCUAUCAAGGACUGGGACCGUUUCUUCGCGCAGGCGUACGCCAACCUCAAACCAGGAGGCUAUCUCGAGUGCCAAGACCUUGCCUUCCCCAUCAGAUGCAUGGAUCCGGAUGUGACUGCAGAGAACUCACCUCUAAUCCGCUGGUCAGAGUACUUCCUCGACGCCGCAAAGAAGAUAGGUCUCGAUGGCACUAGUCCAAGGCACUUCACGCCGCAGAUUCGCAAUGCCGGCUUCAAGAGUAUCAACUACAAGAACUACAAGUGGCCUGUAGGGAAGUGGGCAAAAGGCGCGAGGUUCAAGCUCCUAGGUCGCUUUGUUUAUGAGGAUCUGAUGGACUGGCUGCCGAGCAGUUCACUAGGGCUCUUCACACGCGUGCUGAAAUGGUCGAGGGAGGAAGUGGAAGUCUUUCUAUCAGAGUGCAGAGCGGAAGCCAAGAGGAAAGACCGACAUUUCUAUGCUGAUGUCUCAGCAGAAGAUGACGUGGAGUGGGAAGAGUCCAUAGACCGUGAUGAAGAAGAUGAAGGCCACCACGCAAGAACGCCAUCAACAAACACAACCUCUACCCCACCAGUCCCUCUACCAACCACAACCGACGCGACACAGGCUACAGUCGACCAAUUGGCCGCUGUUGCUACCAAAGCAGACAGUCCCCCAAGAACCGACGUCGCCAGUUCAACUCCUCAAACUCCAGUUCUGUAG